AUGACGGAACAUAAGCGUCCCGCGAACGGUAACAGCGCCCUUCCGGUACCACCCGCGGAGGAAGGCACGGAAAAAAAAGAUCCUCUUGAAGGAAUUCUCGGCUCACGUGCCGAAUGCAAAUAUGUUAAGAAGAAACUUUUGGGUCAGGGGAGUUUUGGUAGCGCAUGGCGGGUGGAAGAAACGGCAACGGGGCUAAUUUUUGCAGCAAAGGUGAUGGACACAAACAAUAUGAGCGCGAAGGAUCGCGGUUUCGUGACAAAUGAGGUUAAAUGCCUUUCACGCUGCAACAAUGCAAAUAUUAUACGCCACCGAGCCUCAUACGACCGCGGUGGGAUGUUGCUCAUCAUCAUGGAGUAUGCUGAUGGUGGUGAUCUCUACAGACAGAUCAAAGCACGCCAGCACGCGGUACGGCACUUCAAGGAACAUGAAGUGUUAUACAUAUUUUUGCAACUAUGUCUUGCGCUGGAUCACAUUCAUGGCAAUAACAUGAUGCACCGCGACCUUAAAACUGCCAACGUGCUGCUCACGACGACGGGCCUUGUGAAGUUGGGUGACUUUGGCUUCAGUCGUCAAUACGAGGACUCGCUGUCAAAUCCUGUUGGCACUACUUUCUGUGGGACGCCAUAUUAUUUGAGCCCCGAACUCUGGCGCCGCGCACCGUACAGCAAAAAGAGUGAAAUGUGGGCUCUUGGUGUGGUGUUGUAUGAAGUUAUGGUACUCAAGCGUCCUUUUGGUGGGCGUAAUAUGGAUGAGCUCAUUGAUAAUAUUGUCCAUGCCCGCCGCGCCCCGCUUCCAAAUAUGUACUCGGAUGAUCUUCGCCGGGUGUGUGAUCAGUUACUUUCUCUCGAUCCGGCUAAACGGCCGUCAUUGCGGCAGCUUUUUCAACUACCUUUCAUUCGCCGUGGCUUAGAAACGCUCCGACGGAGUGUGGAGAUCCACAAAAAGAUUCCACAGCAGGUUUUCAAUGAGAUUGCACAAAACAUUGAUGAGGUGUUGAGUUCCGAACUCCCCGAAUAUGAGGGAAGUCGUGUGACACCUCACCGUGGGAUGUUGCAACGUCACACUGCGGAUCGUGGUUGGAAGGACUGCGAACUUUCACUAGACCAUAACGGGGUCUUAAUGCGAAAUGUAGAAACUGGUGAUGUUGAGAGGGUGGAUCUUGAAGCCCUUACAUCUGUUUGUCCAAUAGACGCUGCAAUGGCUCAUGAAAAAUACGUCUUUGCCCUUAAGAACCAAACGGGAAAGGCGUAUUGGUUUAAGGACCGCUCAGAAGAAUCUUACGAGCGUUGGAUUUCUGUCCUUCAGAAUGCCGUGCCUCGUUGA